AUGGAAUCUUUCGAAGUCGAUGUAAUCAUUAACAAGCUGCUUGAAGCGCGAAAGCAGCGCGUCAACACGCAGAUCAAAUUGGCCGAGGCCGAGAUUUUGGCGCUCUGCCGCAAAGGCCGCGACGUGAUGAUGUCGCAGCCGGUGCUGUUGGAGCUAGAAGCUCCCAUUAAGAUCUGCGGCGACAUUCACGGGCAGUACUACGACUUGCUUCGGUUGUUCGAGUACGGCGCCUUUCCGCCCGACUCGAACUACCUGUUUCUGGGUGACUACGUCGAUCGCGGCAAGCAGUCGAUCGAGUCGAUCUGUUUGCUGCUGGCGUACAAAAUCAAAUAUCCGGAGAAUUUCUUUUUGCUGCGUGGCAAUCAUGAGUGCGCUAGCAUCAACCGCAUCUACGGCUUUUACGACGAGUGCAAGCGGCGCUAUAACGUGCCAAUUUGGCGCGCGUUCACGGACUGCUUUAACUGCUUCCCAGUGGCGGCGAUUAUCGACGACAAGAUUUUUUGCAUGCACGGUGGGCUGAGCCCGGAAUUGGACCACAUGGACCAGAUCCGGCGCAUCAAGCGGCCCGCAACGGUGCCGGACUCGGGACUGCUGUGCGACCUGCUGUGGAGCGACCCGGAGAAGCUGAUGAAGGGCUGGGGCGAGAACGACCGCGGCGUCUCUUACACUUUCGGCGCCGACGUUGUGCAGAAGUUUUUGAAGGCGCACGACUUGGAUCUCAUUUGUCGCGCGCACAGGUGGUUGAGGACGGCUACGAGUUUUUUGCAGACCGCCAGUUAG